GGCUGUGGGCGGGGUUUCGAGUAUUCCCGCGAGAGCGAGUACCCAGCGGAACUUGAACGCUGUCGGUUUGAAUCGGGUUCUCCCCUGGAGCUGCUGCGGACAACAUGUUAUUUUAUUCGUUUUUCAAAUCCCUCGUUGGGAAAGAUGUUGUUGUGGAAUUAAAGAACGAUCUCAGUAUCUGCGGAACCUUACACUCCGUUGAUCAGUACCUGAACAUCAAACUGACAGAUAUCAGUGUGACUGAUCCAGAGAAAUAUCCACACAUGCUCUCUGUAAAGAACUGCUUUAUCCGUGGCUCAGUGGUGCGCUAUGUACAGCUCCCAGCUGACGAGGUGGACACGCAGUUGCUACAGGAUGCGGCAAGGAAAGAAGCAAUGCAGCAAAAGCAAUGAGAUUAAACUGCGGUGCGGACACUAACGGGAAAUGGAGGGGACGAAAGACACAAGUGUGGGAAUUUGCACUGACUCUCAGCUGCCAAAUACCAAAACAAAAAUCUGAAUUUCACCAAAUUGCUUUUUAUAUGUUGUUGCCUAUAAAUUGGUUGUGAUUUUUUUCCCACACCCCACUCGCAGACAGCUGUAUCUGAAGUGAUAGAUGGAAUAGACCCUGUCUCAACUACUGUACACUGCGAUAAGGAUGGACACCAGAGUCUCCCUCUUCCUCACUUGCCCCAACUCCAUCGCACAGUGACAUAGCUGAAUUUGGAUGUCAGUGAUGUCUAGCACAGAGCAUCAUUCCUACGUCUAAUUUCCAACUAACGACCCUGAAUACCGGUGACCCAUGUAUUUUUUUUUCGUUUUUGUUUUAUUUCUUAAAAUAGUUUGGAAAUUUUUUUUGCAAUCUUGUUGAGAAGAUGUAUUAUUGACCCUUUUAGACUUGAUUAAGUUAGAGGAACAGCAUGAUUUGUGACAUGUUUUCCAAAAUCAUGCUCAGCAACUGAGUUGGAUGAUUCCCAGUAAACUAUAGGUGUGAGCAGGUUGCCUGAGCAACCUAUUAUUAACUGGAACUCUUAGGAUAAAGAUCCAAACAUGAAAGGAGGCAGCUAUGCUGGACAAACUUGACCAAUGAGCAGAAUUAGAGGGAGAUCUCGUGUUGGUUGCAUUUGGUCUAGGUUCAAUUUCUAAGGCAAGCUUCUGAUAUUACGUGACCAACAUUCUGUUGAUGCACUGGGAAAGUGCACCUCGAAAUCUAUCUUGUUUGAUGUUUGCUCUUUACAGAUUGAAUUGGAGACAAGUCAAACACAAGUCUGACUGCAGGUACACAGCUUGCAAUUUUUUUUUAAAAAAAGAACUUUUACUAAACUGGUAUUUUUGUUACAAAGAAAGCACAGACAGCUUUGGUUCUGUACUGUACAGCUGGGCAUCCAAUGUGUUCUGAAGUAUUGUGAUGCAACAUCACUAUAGAAUUAAAAAACGUUCAGAGGGUAA